CACAAGUUGGCGUUCACGACCUCUGGUCGUCUGUUGCAACCCUAAUUGCAUUUAGUUGCUGGGCACUUCUUCUCUAUCUAUCAAAGACCGUGGUCACACACUCAGCUCUUGAGCAACCAGUCCAUGAUGUCUGAAUUAUUGACACGAAAUCUCUGGCGUGUUAUGAGGCCUGCGGUAAAGUCAACCGUAUGCAUGCGCCGGGCCGCACCAACAUCCAGACCCAAAGUUGCGGCCUUCUCGACGUCACCAGCUCACAACAUCAUGGAGACAACCGGCUUCACAGAGAACCAACUCACUGUCCGCGAAGCAGUCGGCCAGGUGUGCUCCGAGUUUCCCAAUACUUACUGGCAAGAACACGACCAAAACGAGCAAGACCCGAAGGAGUUUCACGCGGCGCUCGCAAAGGAUGGAUGGCUCGGCAUCGCCCUCCCGGAAUCCCUCGGCGGUUCUGGCCUCGGCAUCUCCGAGGCGACCAUGAUGAUGCAGACUAUCAGCGAGUCCGGCGCGGGCAUGGCUGGCGCACAAUCCAUCCAUGCCAAUGUCUAUGCGACGCAGCCCCUGGCCAAGUUCGGUACGCGGGAGCAACUCGAGGGCACAAUACCCAAGAUCAUCUCCGGCGAGUGGCGGACUUGUUUUGGCGUUACUGAGCCCAACUCUGGACUUGACACCCUACGCCUCGCGACAACGGCCAAGAAGCAGUCAGACGGGUCGUAUGUUGUCACCGGACAGAAAAUCUGGAUCACUUGCGCGCAAGUCGCCUCCAAAAUGAUCCUGCUCGCGCGCACAAAGGCCUACGAAGACUGCAACAAACCGAGCGAAGGCCUGUCGCUCUUUUGCAUCGACGUCGACAAGUCGCAGCCGGGCCUCGACAUGCGUAAGAUCAAGAAGAUGGGCGGACGCGCCGUCGACGCCAACGAGGUCUUCUUUGACAACUACCACAUACCUGCUAGUUCUCUCAUUGGCCAGGAGGGCCAAGGCUUCAAGAUCAUCCUCCACGGCAUGAAUGCUGAGCGGUGCCUCUUGGCCGGCGAGGCGCUAGGUCUAGGCUACGCCGCCAUAGCCAAGGCAUCCGCGUACGCGCGGGAUCGUGUUGUUUUCAACAGGCCCAUUGGCCAAAACCAGUCGAUCGCGCAUCCGUUGGCGGAUGCAUACAUGGGGCUGGAGGCGGCCAAGUUGGCUACCUACCACGCCGCGAGAUUGUACGAUGCCAGCCGCGACGACCCAUCCAUCCGCCAGGACCAGGUUGGCGUCGCCGCCAACAGUGCCAAGUACGUGGCGGCGGAAGCGGCGUUCACAGCCUGCGAGCGUGCGGUGCUCACACACGGUGGUAUGGGCUAUGCCGCCGAGUACGACGUCGAAAGAUAUCUCCGCGAAAUUCUGGUUCCCAGGAUCGCGCCCGUCUCUCGUGAGAUGAUUCUAUCUUACAUCAGCGAGAAAGUCCUCCAGCUGCCGCGGAGCUACUAGAAACUUCAACCGCGGCGGGCGGGCAGUUUAAUGGGAACGGAGCUUGCUAGGAAAUGCAAGGAAGGGCCUAUCACACAUCAUGUUUUGCACACAUGUAGGCGAAUAAGAUGUACUCUGCUUCAUCAGUCUACAAGGUUCAAUAUCGAGUUUCUUCACACGCCACAUCCUUGUAUCAACAAUAAUGUUUUGGAUCUUUUCCUACAAUACCUAGACGAAUCUAUCGCAAAAAGAAUCAACGGUGAUGGCCAUGGUCCAGCACCCGCACCGAGUAACAACACCCCCUC